CGAUUCUUUGGUCUUGGCAGUAUAUCGGGAUACUUUCGUAGGUGAAGACCAGGAUUUUUCCGUAACAGAUUUCCGAGAGGCAACUAGUGACAUAUUUUUAAUAUCUCAUCAAUUAUAUCAUUCUUGCUGCCGAAUACUAAACUGGAAGGGUUGAUGUAAAAUGUGUUGUACUCGGAUCAUUCUGCUGAAGGUUGUUCUGGUUCUGAUGUUCGGUUCUCGUGUUUCUGUGAAAGCAAAUGCAAACUUUUACAACGUUAAUGAAGUGUUCCUUUACACAACGCCGACCAGCUGCAGAAGUAGUGAAUAUUUCGAUACGUUUACGUUGAAGUGUAAUAUUUGUGAUGAAGGAUUGCUGCUGAAAGUGGCGGAUGAUCAUCUUCGGUGUACGUGCGAUGAACGCUCUGUUCCUUGGCGUGAUUACGACAGCUCUCUGCAGUCUCCGAUAUGUCGUAACACGAGUGAUUUUUUCGAGCAAAUCGAACCGCGAGUAGAGGUGAAAAAUUUCUGUAAACAGCGCCACAUCAUCAUACUGAAUUCGACAAAAACCAAUGGCGUAAUUGUUCAAAUAUACCGCAAGACGCAUCCUCCUGGAAACGAAAGUACGAUCUGUGGUUGCAAUCAGCAAAACACCAUCCCUUACGUAGACCGGAUGGGGAAGGUCGAAGCGAAGCACUAUUGUUUCCCCCAAGCACUGCUAAAAGAUAUUCAAAAUUUUCAACCAUCAAAAAUGACCCCUCGACAAAACAGCAACGUAUACCGAGAUAUUAGGUUCUUAAUGGUAUUAUGUCACGUAAUACGAAGCACGCGACACUGCCAGCGCAUGGCCAAUUUAUGCGUACUCAGUUUCUACCAUUUGGAUAGAAAUUCUCCCUGCGGUAUUUUUCAUGCAUACCAAACCUACGAUAUGUCAUCGGGUCUCAGCAACGUACCAAGCAUGGUGAGUGCUAGUAUUUUGGGGUCAAAAGGCGGAUACAGAAAGGAGGCUCAACUGUGGUCAAUGAGCGAUAAGGUGAAACCACCGUUGUUCUAUCGGCGUGGGAAGCAUAACAACGAGGUUCUCGAGAAAUAUCUAGAUUUCAGCUACGAUGCGAACGCCACCAAUCUGCUGAACAAUACGAUAAAUUUUACCAUCAUAAGCUACGAUUUGUAUGGCCAUCUGAAGAGCUUCCGUGCAAUGCGACUAAGUGAUUUGAAUUUGUGCGAACGAUACGCAGCCAGUCAAGAACAGAGGAUCAAGUUUGCUCAGAGCUACCAUCGCCGUUGUCGUAUCGGUCUUCGGCGACUGCUGGACGACUUCAGUGAAGUAGAGUUCCUAAAUCUGUACGCCGACUAUUACGACCAAAAGGCUCGUCUACUUCAAUCGAUUCCAGUGCUAGUGCGGAAAGCAUUUGCUCAUAAUGAGAGUCCAGACCCAGGGAAGUGGCAGCUGGUUAGGAGAUUUCUGAUGGUGGACCCACUUUCAGGGUUAAAUGAAAACUUUAAGCCCAAGAUCUACGAAGAAAGCAUGUUGGGAGAAAAAUACCACUUCGUUCGUUAUGUACGACGGAUAGAGCUGGAAAUUAGACUACACCCAGACCACGAAAAGAGUCCCAAUAGAGUGGCGGUUCCCUUGCUGAAAAUUGAGUACGCCAUAGUGAACACAUCACGCAGGGAUGAGCAAUCAUUGUUCGAGAAUGUUGUGGAUUUUGAAUAUGAAAUAAUCUUCAGCAAAAAAUACAGCUUCAACUCUUUACUUGAGAUAAUUCUUCCAAUUUUUAUUCUACUAGCUUUCACCAUGACGCUCUUCCAGACUUUUUGCUACAAAUUGCGCCAAAAUAAAAUGUAUUACGAUAUGGAUAUUUUCUUCAAUUUUCUUGUAUAUCUCUGCUCAAAUGUAGCAACAGCUCUUUUAGCUGCAGUAGUUAUCGUUUCACUGCACGUUUUUAUCACCUACAAAACACAGCGAAAUAUGAAAAUGUUGCUCCCGGUUGAGGUUCAAAAUGCGCUAGAGAUUUUUGUCUACAUUGCGUUUAGUUUCAAGUUCAUCAAGCUCGUGCGGGCGUUUAACUUGAUGGCGGGUAUAGAUAUAUUUUUCAUCGAUUGGGAACGACCCAAAAUAGUCGAUACCGGUAUUGGAGGCCAACGUACACAUUUGCUCGACACUCAUUCCAUAUCAUCGAAUACGACGACUCGUCCCUCAUGCGACAGUGUCUCAGCAUGGCGCAACUACUUCAUUGCCAACGAGUGGCAAGAGUUGGCAACCAAGAGAAAGAUAUCCUGGUUUGCACACAUUAUUCUGCUGAUCGGCGCCUUCGUUAUAUUUGGGUUUGAGCAUUGGUCAUCCAAAAGUUUCUCUCUGAACUUUCGAGAAAAACAGGAACAUUUGGGGGAAGUCGAUAAAGUGCUCGAAAUUGCGGUAGGAAUAAUAGUGUACACGUCGAUCUAUUUCGUCCAACGAGUGUACAAUCUUCUGAUUCACGAACGGUUUGUAGAAAAUGGGAUUCAACAAUUUAUAGAUGUGUCUUCGAUUGCGAACAUCUCCGUGUUUAUUCUCUGCAUGGAAUCGUAUGGUUUCUAUAUCCAUGGUCGAUCGCCACAUGGAUUUUCCGACACCGAUAUGUGCUCGAUGAUUCUUCAAUUCAAGCGGGAGGAGGACAAUCUCUGUGGCAAUCGUGGUCUACUGCCAGGAUCAGAACAGCAGACUUACUCAAUAUUGGUGCCAAAAAACCUCCGAGAAUACUACAACAAACUGAUUACUCCAUUGCGAAACUCUACCAUCUUUGGGCCACAUCAGCAUUUUAAUCAAACUCAUUUAAUUGGUAGCGCUAAGAUGAGCAAUUCGAGCGUCAUCGAUGGACCUGGCGGACGCUUUGAGUACAACUUUGAAAAAUCUAUAUUGACGUACUAUAACGUGAAUAGAUUCUUCGCAGCUUUUGUUGACCAUGCAUUAAAAGACUUGGACUACAUCAUCCAGGAAAGAAGUGUCCUGGAAAGUUUACUCAACUGCGAAUUGCAGAGUUAUGUAACAGAAAAUAAAGGUGUCUUCUACAUCGACAACGGCCACUCGUUUGAUCAGGUGCUUUUCUACGGGAUUGAAUCGAUAUUUUUCCAAUUCGAGAUCGCCUUAUUUCUACUAGUGCUACUUGUGAGCAAUAAUUAUAUUAUCGCAACUGUUGCAGUUGGAGUAGUUUAUAAGACGUUCGAGAUUAUUAUGAAUUAUUUGAUGAAAAAUAAUCUAGCCAAAAAAACGUUAAUCGAUAAACGAUUUCUUAUCUGAAAUAGUUGUUAUAAAACCUAUUUCGUGCCAUUAUUACAA